CAUCUCUCGUCAACACAAUAUCAUUCUCCAGAGACAUCCACUUUACUCAUUUAGAUGUAGACAGUAAUAUUGAUUUGGCAAGCACACCUUCAAUGAGAAUAAUGACUCAAUGUGUUAGAUAUAGUUAUCAACAACGCAUCGAUCUCAAAUUAUACAAACGAAUAAUUAAUAUCGAAUUAAACGUAUACGAUACUCAUAAGAGGAAAAGAAAGAGAAAAGAGAGAGAGAGAGAGACUCUUAAAACAAGAAUGGGGAAAAUUCUCAACGCAUUCGAAUCCAUUGAUCUAACGAACGCUUCCGUCGUCGCAUAAAUUCCGCUUGAGGAAUUCCGUAGGAUCCGCUUCCUGAAAUCCCCAGUCAAAAUCGUUAAAGAAAAGCGACACUCAUUCGCAAAAAACAUCUAGUAUCUCGCCUGGGGUCUGAAUGCAAAUGACUUUAUCCCCGACACGCGGCGUUUUCCCGCCCGAGGUCCUAAGGGGGAAACGACAUCCGAAAACUAAAGAAUCGCGGCGCCAAAGGCGAGGACGAGAAAUAUUGCACGAGGUGGUUGGCAGUUUCGUCGAAUGUAUACGUCGUCCGUAAUGGUACUCGCUCGUGGCCGAAGGCGGGAGGUUUCACGGGAAUAAAGGGUGGCUCUCUUCGUCGGUGCAGCCAAGCGUGCACGUACCAUUCUGGCGGAAAGCCCUGUUCCGACUUGCUAGAGAAGUUGUCUACCGGCCAAAGGCGUCGACGCGUUUCUUUGUAAUGUACUCCGCCAACGUAAAAAUUAAUGUAGAUUACAAAAUGGAGAAAAAAACAACAGCUUUGUAUCUACUUACGGUAUACUUGAUUGUUGCGGCGUUUGCCCUGAACGAGGAGACCCUGCAGGAGCAAGAAUGUCCCGUAGAUUGCCAUUGUCACUACUUCCGCAUCAACUGGGUGACGGAUUGCUCGGAUAGCAAUCUUACGACCAUCCCCUACAACGAACUUAGCCAAAAUGUCUAUAUCUUAGACAUGAAUGAUAAUAAUAUCGCAAACGUCGACCCGUUUCCAAGCUCCAUUAAAUUAAGGCGCCUCCAGAUGGCACAUAACCAGUUAACUGAGUUGACGUACGAAUCCUUCGCCGGAUUAACGUAUUUAUUGGAUGCAGAUUUCUCGUAUAACGCCAUUACGCGUGUAGAUCCUGAAGCAUUUCGAGACAGUCCGGGUUUAAUUACACUGGAGCUUCAACAUAAUCCUUUGGAGGAGGUUGAAGGACAUUUCCUGAAUUGCCGCACGUUGCUGCACCUCGAUAUAAAUUCAUGCGGUAUUCAUCAUCUCAAUACAGAUUUCUUCCACAAUACGACGAAUUUGAAGAAGCUCGAUUUGUCACACAAUCCCCUGGAAAGAAUAGAACCAGGUCCCUUCGAUCAUCUAACGAACUUGGAAUAUCUCACGUUGAACGGAUGCAAUUUAACCUACAUAUCUCCGGAGGCAUUUUCGCACUUGGAAAAUUUGCGACAAUUAGAAAUAGCAAAUAAUGAAUUGAAAACAUUGAAUUGGAGGAACAUUCUCACACCGUUAGUGCGCUUGGAACAUCUAGAUAUUAGCAACACCGGUAUUACGAAUUUACCAGGUGACGCCUUCGCGAAGAACUUGUAUCUCCGUCAAUUAGUUCUCGCCAAUAAUGAAUUAUGGCAUCUGGAUGUCGAAGAUACGCUCGGACACAAUUUGCACAGCCUUCAAUCUUUGGAUUUGUCAAAUUGCAAUUUACAAGAUCGCUUUUCCGAGGAAGCUUUCACAAACGCAAGUAAACUACGUGUACUCAAUCUGAGCGGUAAUCCAAUGUUCGCUAGCGAUUUAACUGCUGUUCUCCGCCAUUUGCCUAAGCUUCAUAAACUCUCUCUCAGCAACUGCAGUCUUCGAAGAUUACCAGACGCCUUCGAUGUGUUCGAACAUCUCGAGGAGCUCGAUAUCUCUCAUAAUCCACUGUCCGAUGCAUUCGUCAGUCUUCUUAAUCCGUUAACAUCUUUGGAAUAUUUGGAUAUGUCUUAUUGCGGUCUUGGUCAUGUCGGAAAUAAUACUUUCGCACAAAUGACUUUCCUGAAGCAGUUGAUUCUUUCGGGGAACGAGCUUCAUACUUUGGAGGAAGGGUUAUUCGCGAAUCUGACGCGUUUGGAAAGCUUAGAACUCAACAAUUGCGAUCUCAAGAUACCUCUCGAUCCAAAAAUCUUCGGUGAUCAUCAGUCGACAAACAUAAUAGAACUUAAACUCAGCGGCAAUCCGUUGAUCGUGCCCGAUGAAGGCUCACUACUUCCAACGCAGCUGUCUAAGGUGGAGAUUUUGGCUCUCAGUAACUGCAGUAUCUCGCACUUGAAUGAGAACAUAUUUGCCACGACGAAUAAUCUCACUCAAUUGAAUCUUUCGGGAAAUACCAUCUCUGGUGUAGAAAAUCUGAGCUCCCUGAAGCAACUGCACGCAUUAGAACACAUAGACCUCAGUAAUAACCAUUUGCGCACGAUCAAUCCAAAGGUAUUCGAGUCGAAUCCACGUUUACUCUCGAUUAAUCUUAUGGGAAAUCCGUUUGUUUGCAAUUGCUCUAUCGCGCAAACUUGGGAUUGGGCCGUGCAGGAGAAAGGUGAUCUUCACAUACUCGUUGGCAGUCAAUUGAGCACUUUUGAAACCGGCUCCGUAAAACGAAGAAGGAAUCUUUCCUGCGUCUACGACGAAGAAACUUAUCGAAACAUGACAGAGGGGAACCAAGCAACCUCAAGUCGCAAACAUUAUUCCAGUCAAUUUUCACCUUCUCGUACUUGGGCUAAGUAUGUUCGCGAAUCUAAUUGUAAUCGGCGUUCAUGA